AUGGCUUCAAGUCCGGGUGGGCGGAAACCUCUCGUGGUAUCUCUGGGCGACCCCAAGUACAUUGGCAAGGAGUAUCUAGACUCUCUCAGGAAGGACUUCGACUUCCAAGUACUGGACGCCAUCAACAGAGCAGAGACUAUAGAGAAACUGCCGAAGCUCGUCACGGAAUAUGGGCCCGUGGACGCCUUCAUCAUCCGGAUGGGCACACCGGCCUACGAGCCAUUUGACAAGGAAUUACUCGGCGCGCUUGUCCCUCACUGCAAGAUAAUCGCUAGUGCUUCUGCUGGAUACAAUGAGUUCGAUGUGGAUUGGAUGACUAAGAAUGGAAUUUGGUUCUGCAAUACCAUUGAUGGUGUCGCAGAAGCAACGGCUGAUAUGGCCUUGUUCUUGAUUCUCGCUGUUCUACGCAACACGACGGUGGCUGAGAGACAGGCUAGAAACGGGACGUGGAAACAAGGCAUCGUUCCGAGCAAGGAUCCUACUGGACUGACCUUAGGCAUUGUGGGUAUGGGCAGCAUUGGUAAGUACAUUGCGAAGAAAGCAGCAGUUUUCAACAUGAAGAUCUUGUACCACAACAGACAUCAGCUAUCCCCGGCUGAAGAAUCUAAGUACAGCGCUACAUAUGCAGCUUCACUUCAUGACCUUCUCAGAUCGUCUGAUGUGGUUUCGAUAAGUUGCCCAUUAAACGCAGAAACCACGAAUCUGAUAUCAACUAAAGAAUUCGCUGCCAUGAAAGACGGCGUAUACUUCGUCAACACAGCCCGCGGAGCAAUUGUCGAUGAGGAUGCACUGGUCGAAGCACUACAAAGUGGGAAGGUAACACGAGCGGGGCUAGACGUUGUCGUCAACGAGCCUCAUGUUCGAGAUGAGCUCAGACAAGGGGAAUUGAGCGAACUGAAGGUCAUUCUGCAACCUCAUAUGGGAGGCUUGACAGACGUGGCUUUCCACAAGAGUGAAAAAGAGUGUUUUGAGAAUAUCAAGAGUCUGUUCAAGACUGGUAGACCAGUGGCGCCGGUGAACGAGGUGUGA